AUGGAACUAUUUACCAAAAUAUUAUUAUUGAGAUAUCGUAGUGUACAUGAAUGUUGUUCAAGUCGUGAAAUAAAUUAGAAAAAAAAAUCGACUAUUAAAUAUAACUUGCUUGCGGAACUGCCAUCGCAUCAUACUUAUGCUUUGGCUCCCUCUGUUGGCUUAACAAGCAACAUGCAUGUCCGAUAUAGUAUUUACCAAUUUGUGCCAUAGAAUGUGAAACGUCUAAAAGACGUUGGGUGUCUUAGCUACAAACCAAAAUGUGUUAAAUAAGAGUAAAACUUGUAAACGGACUGUAAAAAACAAAAAUCCAGCGAUCUGCGAAUACGAACUCAAAUUACGUAACAUGGCUUUUAAAAAUGUCCGGGAGUUGUAGUCCAAACGAACGUCUACUAAAGCGUUCGCGCGGAGCGAAACUCAUAUCCCAGCACUCUUUGCGGCUCGCCAAAGCUACUAGCAGGUGCACGCCUACGCUAGAUAAAACCAUCAAGUGUAAUCCUCGCUAACCGUAGCUGUAUCCUAGGCGGCUGCUUUCUGUGUCUACCUUAUCAACAUUUCGAGCUCAACGUGCGGAGAUGGACAACUCGGGGAAGGAAAAGGAAGCCAUUCAGCUGAUGGCUGAUGCUGACAAAAAAGUCAAGUCAUCAGGCUCUUUCUUAGGAGGGAUGUUUGGAGGUGGACCUCACAAGGUGGAGGAGGCCUGUGAGAUGUACUGCAGAGCCGCCAACAUGUUCAAGAUGGCCAAGAACUGGAGCGCCGCGGGGGCGGCCUUCUGCAAGGCUGCGCGGAUCCACAGCCAGCUGCAGAACAAGCACGACUGUGCCACCAGCUUCAUCGACGCAGGGAACGCCUACAAGAAGAUCGACCCAAACGAGGCAAUCAAGUGUUUAAACGCAGCCAUCGAUAUUUACACUGACAUGGGAAGAUUCACCAUCGCAGCCAAACAUCACAUAAACAUCGCAGAGAUCUACGAGGCUGAGUUGGUGGACAUAGAAAAGGCAAUUGCACAUUAUGAACAAGCAGCGGAUUAUUACAAAGGAGAGGAGUCAAACAGCUCGGCCAACAAGUGUCUGCUUAAGGUGGGCGCCUACAGUGCUCAGUUGGAGCAGUACGCCAAGGCCAUUGAGAUCUAUGAGCAGGUGGGCUCAAACACCAUGGACAACCCCCUGCUCAAGUACAGCGCCAAGGAGUACUUCUUCAAAGCCUCGCUGUGCCACUUCAUCGUGGAUGAGCUCAACGCCAAGAUCGCCGUGGAGAAGUACGAGGAGAUGUUCCCGGCCUUCUCAGACUCCAGAGAGUGCAAGCUGCUGAAGAAACUGCUGGAGGCGCAUGAGGAGCAGAACUGCGAGGCGUUCACCGAGGCGGUGAAGGAGUUUGACUCCAUCUCCCGCCUGGACCAGUGGCACACUACCCUGCUGCUGCGCAUCAAGAAGACCAUCCAGGGGGACGAGGGAGACCUCAAGUAGGGGAGGGAAUGGGGGAGCGAGAGACAGAGAGGGAGGAUGGGAUAGAGAAGAUUGAAAUGGGGUGGAAAAAACGCAGCAUUGAAAAACCGUCCAUCAAGGCAUGCUUACCCUUCCUUAGCCCAUUCCCCUGGUCAACCCCCCCCCUCCCACUCUACCAUUCCUUCUUCUACAGCACUUCUUACACUCACACACAUACACUGACACUUCUCAAAUGUCACCCAGGUUAACCCCCAUGCAACGCUUUUCCCCGUGCUGCUGAUAUCCGCCAGGCAUUACUGAAGCGUCGUAUUCUCAUGUUGAUAUUUAAAAGCUAUGCUUCUCAUUAUUCAGGGUGUGAUUCCUCCCUACCACCCACGCCUCCUAGCCUGGUCUGUUUUUUAGAGCUGAGGCUGCAUUCCCCUUUAACAGCCUCUUUAGGACCCAGGGGUUAUCUACGCUGGGGGCAAACGUAACGGCGCAGAGGUGAGUGGGAUGUUGGCAGAAGGGAUUGCACAAAGUAUAGUUCUAUAUUUUUUGUUCUUUUUCUUAUCUGGUAUUUUAGAUGGAAACAAUCUUUGUCUUUUAUUUAUACUAUGUGUUGCAAAAAAAGAUUGUUAUAAAUCUAUUUCUAUACGUGUGUUGGGUAUAUUUACAGAUUGUAGUGAAGUGGUAAAGGGAAAAAUCAAGUCUCAAGUCAUUCCUUCCAUGCUCGCAUACAUUUUACUUCCAUAUCAUUCACACAUGGGACGACU